AUGGACCACGGCCAAGAACUCACAUACAUACGACCAGCAGACACUGUGCUGUACAGCAGCGCGAAUCAUGAACUGAACCUUCUUCUCAUCGGCGGUGCUGUGAGAGACUGUACAGAAACACUCACCUCACCGGGUCCGACGUGGUUGUUGAAUCAGCAAGUCCCGAUGCGAACUUCCCUGAUACAAUCUCAAGUCGCGCCAUUUUCACAUUCGUUCCACCAAUCUGGAGAACGUCCCUACAAAAUCAGGCCCGAGAAUGCGAGCGACUGGGAAGCCCAGAAGGUGACUCUUCAUAAGCUGUAUAUGGAAGACAACUUGCCUCUGAAGGAUACCAUGGAGAUCAUGUCAAAAGGUUAUUCCUUUUCAGCCACGUAA